AUGGGCAAGCAGGGAAAUGUUGGGAACAUACGUCCCGCAAGUAAUAAUGUGCGGACAUCACUACCGCUGUUAUUAGCUGUAUUGCUUCCCAUAUGCCUUGUGCGUGCGGGUGAGGAUACAAACACCUAUAAAGCUGAUGAGCGGGUGCGAGUGUACGCCGGUCAAAUUGGGCCACUUCAUAACACAUUUGAGACGUAUAGCUUCUUCCGCACGCCAGGGUGUCCUCCAGCGUCGUGGAGUCGGAGGUCUUCCACACUCGGUCAAGCACUUACCGGGCGGCAGCUACAGGAAAUGGGGGUUAAUGUACGGUUUGGUAAAAAUGUGACAGGCGGUGUUAUGUGCACCUUCACACCGAAACAAGCAGACAUCAAGCGUUGGCGCAAAAUGAUUCAAAAGAAAUACGUCUAUGAGCUAUACGUGGAUGAGUUGCCCAUAUGGGUGCUGCUUGGUGAGGUGACUCCGGCGGGCCCUGUGAUUUAUCUUCAUCGUAGGUUUCAUAUUGAGACUAACAAGAAUCAGAUCGUUCACGUUACGCUGGAGGCAGAGCAAGGGACAGUGUUAACGCAGGGGCGCGACUACACUUUCACAUAUUCUGUCAUCUUUACGGAAUCCCAACUAUCGUUUGAGGAUCGCUUCAAGAAAUAUGUGGACCAGAAACUAUUCGAACCGCGGUUUAGGUGGAUUUCGGUUAUAAACUCGGUGAUCCUCGCUUUGCUACUUUCCAUAAUUAACAUAUUUAUCGUCUCACGCGCCAUCCACGCUGACUUGAAGGGCGACGAGGAUGAGCUGGGCAUUGAUAGUAGCUAUGGCCUCGUAGAGGGUUCCGGUUGGAAACAACUCAGCGCUGACGUGUAUCGCGUGCCGCCGUAUCCGAUGGCUCUCUGUGCACUCCUCGGCACAGGAGCCCAACUUCUCUUAGUUUUCGUGGCUAUGAUUAUGUCAGCAGCCUUUUACAAUUCGCGGCACAAACCCACGUAUGGGGCGGUGACGGUGGUGACGGAGGCGUAUGCCCUCACAGGGUUCGUUGCAGGAUACGUUUCAGCUUCAAAGUUCGUCAGCUACACUGUAUACAAACCGGCAUUAGCAAGCCGGUGGAUGCACUGCAUGUAUCUUACCAUCGCCGCAUUCCCUGCUGCCAUUCUCUUCUGCGGUGUUUCAACCAAUGCCAUCGCAUACCUGUACGGAUCAGCUCGCGCACUUCACGUGGGCGGGGUGGCGUAUGUAGCGCUUAUAUUGGUGUUUCUGUUUUGUCCCACGGUAGUUGUCGGCACCCUAACUGGAAGGUAUAUUUUCUGGCGUCGGUUUAACGCUGUGAGCAAUCGCAACAGUUUGCCACACGUAAACCAGAUCCCCCGCCUGGUGCCGAGGCCGCCCUAUAGAUUGUUAUCACGACCGUAUCUCAUUCUUCUUACAGGUGCGCUGCCCUUUAGCUCUGUGGUCCUCGAGCUCUUCUUAGUGUUUAGUUGUAUUUGGAUGAACAAACUCUAUUAUUUGUAUUACUUUUUACUAAUCGGUUUUACCAUUUUUCUUGUCAUCGCAUGUUUUACAUCGGUCGCCGCCACGUAUUUACUGUUGAAUAUGGAGGAUCAUCGUUGGCAAUGGAUGGCAUUUGGGUUUGGGGCAUCAACGGGGAUUUUUAUUUUCAUACAUGCCACAUACUUUUACUUUUUUCAGACGUCGAUGAGCGGGAUGUUCAUGUUGGUGUUUUAUUUCGCCUACUCGGCCCUAUUUUCCCUCGCUAUGAGUCUGGCGGGGGGCUGCGUUACAUUCCUCGCCGGCUCGCAGUUUGUCCAGAAGAUAUACACUUCGGUGAAGCUUGAUUAA